AUGGCAUCUUCCGACGCGACAAUCCGCCACGCAACUCUUGAAGACGUCCCUACAAUCCUAGGCCUAAUCCACGAACUCGCUGCCUACGAAAAUGCCACCUCCUCCGUCCUCGCAACUGCCGAAUCCCUCUCUAAAACUCUCUCCUUCGCCUCCAUCGUAAACCAAUCCCCGCCCUCCGAGCCCUCCUUCACUCCCGGCUAUGCAAAAACCUACCUCAUAACCUCCCCCGAGGGCGAGGUCGCAGGCAUGGCAUUAUACUUCCACAACUACAGCACAUGGCGCGGCGCACCGGGUAUAUACCUCGAGGAUCUAUUUGUGAAACCGAAGUAUCGGAAGAGGGGGUACGGGAAGGCGUUGAUUAAGCAGCUGGCGAAGGAGCUGGUUAGGAUUGGGGGAGGAAGGUUGGAAUGGAGUUGUUUAGAUUGGAAUACCCCGAGUUUAGAGUUUUAUGAGGGGCUGGGGGCGAGGCAGAUGAAGGAGUGGAUUGGGUUGAGGGUUGAUGGGGAGGCGCUUGUGAAGUUGGCGGAGAGCUGA